AUGAAGCUGUCGUCUACCCUCCUUAUCGCCGCCCAAGCCCUGAUGGCCCUCGCUGCUCCAGCCGCUGAGCGCUCCGAUGCCGCUGCUCAGGCUACAAGCUCAGCAACCUUCACCGCGACCACUUCGGCCGCUAUCACACCGACGGAUCUCUCCACAACCACUGAUGUUGCCACAACCACCGCCGCUGCUACCACCACGGCAGAUAAUACCGCCACGACGACAACCUCGUCUGCACAACCCACCACCACUGUUGGCACCGGCAACGAAGAGGGCGAAGAUAAAAACGAAAAUGAGGUUGAGCAACAGGGCCAGUUUGGCCGGGCCAUUCGCCUGCGCGGCGGCAACGUUAAGAUCGACACGUUAUUCCCCGCGGGUGUCAACGGCGUCUUGGAGGUCGAGUUCCAGAACAACCAGGCCCGCACACUGGUCGUCACUGAGAAUCGCAACCCGGCUCCUCCCCCGCAGGGCUUCGUCGCUCUCGAGCCCGUCUCCUACCGCGUGCGGCUCCGUGGCGGUUCGGCGCGCAACCUGACGUUACAGAAGAUUGAUUACAUCCGCAAUGCCAACAGCACAAUCGACAUCUCGCAAGGCCGCAUCGCGCGCUUCUGCAACGAGGCCAACGCUUUCGUCUUCGGCGAGGGCGAGCUCGAGUUCGAGGCCGACGAGAACGAACUGACGCUGACCGUGUCCAACAUGGUUGGCGAGUGGGCCAUCUUCGUACCCGAGUCUGCCACCGCCGGCGCCGGUUCAGGUACGGGCUCCACGACUCAACCCGCUAUUGAUGCUGGUGCUGGCGCUGGAACCGGGACUGGUGCCGGUAACAUUAUUGCCGACCUGUUCAACGGCACGUGCGGCGCUGGCACACUAUGCGGAGAGCUCCUUGAUCUGCUGAGGAGACUGACUGGUCAGCAAUAG